GGAGUAAGCUCUGCUGAACUGUUUGACACCAAACAUGUCAUGAUUGGUCAACAAGCCAAGGACAAGUUCUCAAAAGUAGGUUUUGCAUAUUAUGCAAAUUUGCAAAAAACUUAAGUGGGUGGAGCAAGAACAAGUAUGACCAAGGUGGCUGACCAGCAUGACCCAGAAGGAUAAAGAUGUUCAACCAGCAAGACCAGCAAGAUAAGUAGAGCUUUAAUUUAGAAUGAUUCAGCUGUAACUGUUUCACCAAAUGACCACCAGAGCGCAGCAAGAGACCACAUAUAACCUGCUGAGACUCUAUCAAUCUAUCAUUAUGAGAGAGAGGUUCCAAUCAGAGCAUUUCUAUUUAUUACAGAGAGAAGAAAAGUCCGAUUUGGCUCAAAAUUGGUAGUCAUGAUCAAGUGGUCUGUAUAUAUAUGUAUGAAUUUGUGUGUUGAUAGGGUCAAAGGUUCCUGACUUCUGUCCAUUUAGGUUUGAAAAAAGCGAUAAAUUCGGUUUGGGGCCUACAAAAUCACUGUUGCUUUUUUGGCCGUAUUAGAGGCAAAAAUAUCAAAUUUGGCUCAAAAUUUGCAGUCAAGCUCAGCUCUUUGAGUCAAGCUCUUUGAAAAAAGCGAUAAUACAGGCUUACAGCCUACAAAAUCACUGUAUAUUUCGAGCCGUUGUAGAGGGAAAACAUGUCCGAUUUGGCUGACAAGAUCAGAUUAUCAGUCUAUAUAUGUGUGUAAAUUUGUGUAUUGAUAGGGUCAAAAGUGCCUGUCUUCUGUCCAUUUAGGUUUGAUAAAUAGAAUUAAUUGAAAACAGUUAAUUUGUCACUGUAGAGCCUACUGAAGACUUAUUUGGCUCAUUCUUGGCUGAUGUGCUUAAAAUGUUAUUGCUAAUGAGUGUUUUUGAUAUUUUUGACAUGCCGCAAACAUUGACAGAGUUGUGGCCAAAUAACUCUGAAAAGGCUUUCACGUACAUGUUUGACAUGUACAUGUUGGGGCCACAAAAAGUUAAAAUGGCAACAUUUUUUUGAUAAUUAUUUACCUACAUGGUCUCAAGAUUGCAUCAAGAUCAAAGUUGAUAUGAUUGGUUGAAUAUCCAGGGACUAGUUCGAAAAGUGUGAUUUUUACUCUACUGGCCACUGAUGCAAAACAAUACAUUUUUGGUAAAGACAUGUAAUUACAAAGUUGUAAAGGUUACAGCAAAGCAUACAACUAAAAAAGAAUCCUAUGCCUGGGCCACACGUACAUUUAGAUAUAACUGAUUUUCUGCUAUAGCGCCCCCUAGAGGCCAAUCAACACCAUAUUUUAAAGGAUGAUAGAAGGCCCUCAUAUACAUGUACAGUAUAAGUGUCGUCCUGAUUGGUGAUUGUUUAGCUUGUCAAAAGCUUGCUGGAAACUGAUUGGCUAAUAGCGACCACAAAAAUUUACAUAUCAAAUUUUCCUUCAGUAGACCAAUAGGACAUAGGCCACAGAUGAUACAUGUCAAACGAGAGCUUGAUAGCUUGUACGGUUCCUGAGAAACAGAUUUUUAGCUUUGGCUCCGCCCCCUGGGGGCGUACAUCUACAAAGAUUGACAGGCUACCUCAGAAUCAUGUUAGGAUCAAAGGUCUAAAGCAGCAUUAGUGUCAAUUUAAGCAUUCAAAAGUUACAGCUGUUAGAGUGAAUUUUGGUGUGCCACGGGAAGAUUAAUUUGCAUAUGGCGGCCAUAUUGUUUACAAAUUUCAAGAUUUUUAAAAUAAUUAUUGAGGUUGGGAUUGUGGUGAGUUAACAAAAAACCUUUUUGAUUUUCCAUUAACCAAGGCAUCAUAUAACUAAAGAUUUUUUGCUUUAGCUGUCAGGGCGUGGGAGUUACGAGGCCUAACGCAUUGACCUUCGUCAUAGCGCCCCCUUGAGGCCGAUCGGGCUCAUCUUUGAAUCUGAGUAGCGCUUCCAGUGAGACCAGAACAGAAUCAAGACCGUCUGAACAGUGGGCAGUCCUUAUAAAGGCACUAAACAGAUGUCAGUCUGAUUAUUGCAAGUGGCAAAAGGUGGCCUCCCUCUAGUGGAUGGAGUACCACCAGCACCCCCUCACACUAUGGAUAAAGGAAUGAAAAUGUUCUCCUGAAGUUCAUCACCAACAACCAGGAUAUUUAAAUAAGAGCAGUGUUAAACUGCUGAAAGAGGUGAAGCAGAAGCCAUCAGGAAGAAUCUCCAGAACACUCAGAAAUUGUUUGCUACAUUUAACAGACAAAUGAAGCCAAGUUCCAACAUGGAGAAACAUCAGCACUCUGUCAAGAGUUUUACUAAACAGAGUAAUCUCAAAAAACACCAGCACAUUCACACAGGAGAGAAACCGUAUUACUGCUCAGACUGUGGGAAGAGUUUUACUAAACAAAGUACUCUCAAAAUACACCAGCGCAUUCACACAGGAGAGAAACCGUAUCACUGCUCAGACUGUGGGAGGAGUUUUACUAAACAAAGUACUCUCAAAAUACACCGGCGCAUUCACACAGGAGAAAAACCGCAUCACUGUUCAGACUGUGGGAAGAGUUUUACUACACAGAGUAAACUCAAAAAUCACCAGCGCAUUCACACAGGAGAAAAACCGCAUCACUGUUCAGACUGUGGGAAGAGUUUUACUACACAGAGUAAUCUCAAAAACCACCAGCGCAUUCACACAGGAGAGAAACCAUAUUACUGCUCGGACUGUGGGAAGAAUUUUACUACACUGCGUGAACUCAAAAUACACCAGAGCAUUCACACAGGAGAGAAACUGUAUCACUGCUCGGACUGUGGAAAGGGUUUUAAUCGACAGAGUGAUCUCAAAAUACACCAGCAUGUUCACACAGGAGAGAAACCGUACCACUGCUCAGACUGUGGGAAGAGUUUUACUACACAGAGUUAUUUCAAAAAGCACCAGCAAAUUCACACAGGAGAAAAACCGUAUCAAUGCUCAGACUGUGGGAAGAGUUUUAUUAUAAAGAGUCAUCUCAAAAUACACCAGCGCAUUCACACCGGAGAGAAACCGUAUCACUGCUCAGACUGUGGGAAGAGUUUUACUAUAAAGGGUAAUCUCAAAAAACACCAACGCAAUCACACAGGAGAGAAACUGUAUCACUGCUCAGACUGUGGCAAGUCUUUUACUACACUGGGUGAUCUCAAAUAUCACCAACGCAUUCACCCAGGAGAGAAACCGUAUUACUGCUCAGACUGUGGGAAGAGUUUUACUCAACAGAGUAAACUAGAAAAACACCAGUGGGUCACUGCUGUUCCCCGGCGCCUUGCACCGAAGCCCAGUAUCCGCGGUUCGGAGAUGCUUGAAGCUGCGAGGCUUCUAAACAAGACUGAGGCAGGAGGGUCAGUAGUUGUAGCCCUGCCACCUGAUAAUUUACACGUGUUUGUAUGCUGGUGAAUUAGAAAAAGAUAAGUGAAUCAGCAGUAGAGAGCGCUGAUCUUCCCAAAAACUGAAUCACAAAAUGUCACUUUGCUAUUGAUAUUUCCAUUUUGUGUUUUCAUUUUAAAUCUGUCAGACGCUCUGAGACCGAUGCCAUUGCAAGACUACGAGAGAUCCAACAUGGCGGCGUCACGCUGCUGAAAGAAAACUAAUAAAAAUACCUCCUCUAUUUAACCCUUGAUAACCCUGGAUAACACCAGCUUUCUAACACAAAAUUUGUUGGUAGUCUUUAGACUUCAUAAUGCCAUGCAAGCAGUCCAGGGCCAGAGGCAGCAAAGCAACCCCAAAACAUCAGGGAACCUCCGCCAUGUUUGACUGAAGGGACCGUGUUCUUUUCUUUGAAGGCCUUGUUUUUUCCCUGUAAGCUUUAAGUUGAUGCCUUUUCCCAAAAAGCUCUAGUUUUGUCUCAUCUGACCAGAGAACAUUCUUCCAAAACGUUUUGGCUUUCUCAGGUACGUUUUGGCAAACUCCAGCCUGCCUUUUUUUAUGUCUCUGGGUCAGAAGUGGGGUCUUCCUGGGUAUCCUACCAUGGAGUCCCUUUCAUUCAGACACCAACAGAUAGUACGGGUUGACACUGUUGUACCCUCGGACUGCAGGGCAGCUUGAACUUGUUUGGAUGUUAGUCGAGGUUCUUUAUCCACCAUCCACACAAUCUUUCGUUGAAAUCUCUCGUCAAUUUUUCUUUUCGCCACAGUGCCAUGGGCUUUAAACUUCUUGAUGACACUGCGCAUGGUAGACACAGGAACAUUCAGGUCUUUGGAGAUGGACUUGUAGCCUUGAGAUUGCCUAUGCUUCCUCACAAUUUUGCUGCUCAAGUCCUCAGGCAGUUCUUUGGUCUUCUUUCUUUUCUCUAUGCUCAAUGUGGUACAGACAAAGAAAGAGGUUGAGUCAACUUUAAAAAUUAAUGGCUGCAAGUCUGAUUUAGUUAUUGUCACCACCUGUUAUGUGCCAUGAUUAAGUAGGAGGUGCUGUUAAUUACACAAAUUAGAGAAGCAUCACAUGAUUUUUCAAUACUUUUGUCCACCCCCUUUUUUAUGUUUGGUGUGGAAUUAUAUCCAAUUUGGCUUUUUGACAACAUAAUUUAGUAAUCUGUCCCCUAACUUAAAUGUAAUGUGUCUUUUUUUUAAUAAACUAUCUGUGCACUUUCAUAGCUCUCAGUGCCUCAUUUUAAAUUUUUAGGGCUCUCAUAAUUCUACUAAUGAAGUGUGGCGCUACUCUAAGCUUGAUAAAGGUGUAAAAAUAUCCAUUUCUUUGCAUGGGUAAAGCUAUGGUCCAUAUCCAUGAAUCCAUGAAUUGCAUUCAUUAGGGCCUGAUUAGUUCAGUAGAGAGAGGUUUUUAAAUGUAUAGGAAAACCACAAUCAUUAUUGAUAUGAUAAAUUACAAUUUCCUUGAUAGAUAUAAGGUGAUUUUAAUUUUGUUAAAUCGCGCUUUUAAAGUGGACAAGAAACAUUUCAGUUUGUACAAGUUGUUUAAGGGAUUAAAUGUAAUAGAAUUUAUUUGGGGGGAUUUUAAUACAAAAUGUUUACACACUAAAUUAUAAUAUUUUUAUGUUUGUUACCACUCUAAACGUUUGCGCUAGUGCACCGCCAUUUUGCCCGUGCAGCACUAGUGACAUCACAAGGUUGGUUGGUUGAAGAGCCCAAGUACAUAGCUUUCAGUCACGGUUAAGGAAAAAAGCUUGUUGUUUGUUGAGAUUAUGGAUGAAGACGAAGCUGAACAGGGUUUUGAUCUGGUUCUUACGGUGGCCCUGAAGUGCAAAACAAAUUAACAUGUCAGAAAACACAUUUACAAAUAUUAAAACAAAUUUACAAAUGUUAAAACACUUUUACAAACAUUAAAACACUUUUACAAACAUUAAAACACUUUUACAAAUAUUAAAACACUUUUACAAACAUUAAAACACUUUUACAAACGCUGAAACACUUUUACAAACUGCGAUUUCUUACGGAAAGGGAGGGGCUAACACACAGGAAGUGCUUGCUGCGGACCCAAGCUGCUUCGCGGUGAAAGAGAGUGGAGUGGAGCUAAAUACGCGAAAAUAUGUUCUGUCCGUUUUGUGGCAAGCAUUUUAGCCAACUGGCACGCUUCUGUUUUUCAUGUGGAAGAACGCUGGACUUUUUAAAAGAGCAGACGGAAGAAGAGAUAAUGGAUUUGUGUGUAGGGUAUUUCAAUGCAGGCCACUCUUAUGGUGUUAUUGUUGACAUGAUGUUCACUUUACAUGGCGUUAGCCUUAGCUUGCUGAGCCUUAAAACUAAGCUUAAAGAGGCUGGACUGUUCCAUAGAAAGCAGUAUUCCUCUACGAACGCAGUCAGAAAUGCUAUUAGGUUGGAGCUUCGUGGACCUGGACAGCUCUUUGGAUACCGAAAGAUGUGGCAAGUUCUCAAGCAAAAGUACAGGUUGCGAGUGAAGAGAGAUGUUGUUAUGUUACUACUCCAGGAGCUCAAUCCUCGAGGAUGCGAGAUGAGCGCACGCCGAAGAUUCGUAAGAAGAACCUAUCACUCGAUGGGGCCGAAUUAUCUAUGGCAUGCUGAUGGUUACGACAAACUUAAGCCGUUCGGCUUGGCCCUGUCGGGGUGCAUAGAUGGGUUUUCGCGGAAAAUAUUGUGGCUUGUAUGUGGGCCGACAAAUAACGACCCAUCAGUCAUUGCUCACAAUUUCCUCUCUUGUGUACGAAACCUCGGUGUUGUACCUAUGAGAUUGAGGACUGAUUGUGGCACAGAGAACGGCACUAUGGCCGCAAUUCAGUGUACCCUACGCCAACAGCACACAGACUACUUCUCAGGAGCGUCUAGCCACAUGUACGGCUCAUCCACAAACAAUCAACGCAUUGAGUCGUGGUGGUCCAUAUUUAGAAAAGGAAGGUCUCAGUUCUGGAUGGAGUUAUUUGCUGACCUCAGAGAUGCAGGGCAUUUCAAUGGAAGUCAUGAGCAUCAAUGCUUGGUGAGGUUUUGCUUCACUGAAGUCCUGCAGAAGGACCUGGAUGAAUGUGUUACUCUGUGGAACAGUCACAGGAUUCGCACAUCGAGAACAGCAUCAUGUCCUGGGGGAGUGCCCAAUGAACUGUACUACUUACCACACAGGUUUGGCUCCAGGGACUGUGGGUUUGGAAUUCAACAGACAGAAUUGGAUGUCUUCCCUGAGGCAAGACUGUCAAUCAGUCCAUGUGGUGACCCAGACAUCCAGGAGUACUUGGACUUUGUUAUGGAGCACAUUCAGCUGCAGAUGCCAAAUAACUGGGAGGCAGCAUCAGAACUGUAUCUACAGCUUAAAGACAUUGCACAGCUAUAACUGUUCUGAUCACAGAUAUUAACUGUAACUUUUGGAGUUCAGCUGGAAAAGAUCUGACCCAAAUAAUGAGAAAUAUUGUAAAAUCAUAAAAAUAUAUAUUUUUUUUGCAAAUAUGAACAAAAAUGCUUCAAGAAUUGUAUAUCUGAAUCUACAAUAAACCUGAAUUCAUUUAAGGAAA